GGAGGAGGAAAAAAAGGAGGAAAUCGUGGUGGUAGAGGUGGAGGAGGCGGAGGAGGAGGAGAAAGGGGAAGGAAGCGGAGAGUGGAAGGCGGGCAGGAUGAGAAGGGCGGCAGUGGUGGUGUGUCUGGUGUCCGUGGUCGCCACCCUCACCCUCGCCCCGCCUGGCAGUCAGUACCCCCGCAAACAGGCCAAGCAGCGCCAUCCCCAGCCAUGGCAGCGCUCGCAACACCCGACGCGGAAGUCCAGCCCGCAGCUCACCACGCCGCGGGACGGACUCAAGCCGGGUGACAAGAAGAACCUGUCCAUAGGCGUGGUCUUGCCGCACUCCACCUUCCAGCGGCGGCGCUACGAGAAGGCCAUCAAGGAGGCGCUCUUCAACAUGCAGCGGGACCCCAUCUUGCACGAGACCUUCCGCCACUACCACUUCACCUACGACGAAGUGGUCUUAAGCACCAUGCACCAUUCCUCCAGCCCCACCAAGAUCCUGGAAACAUUGUGUGACAGUUUCCUCCCGAGCAACGUGUCCGCCAUCCUAUAUCUCUUCAACUCGGAAACCUAUGGACGAUCAACAGCCUCCGUGCAGUACUUCUUCCAGCUGGCCGGCUACCUAGGGAUCCCUGUCAUAGCUUGGAACGCCGACAACUCUGGCCUGGAGCGGGAUCGGCGCACGUCCAGCCCGCAGCUCCAGUUGGCGCCCUCCAUCGAGCACCAGGCAGCGGCGAUGCUAUCCAUACUGCAGCGUUACUCGUGGCCAAAGUUCGCUGUGGUGACUUCCCUUAUCGCAGGGCACAACGACUUCAUCCAGGCCCUGCGUGACCUGAUUCUGGAGCUCCCUGCCAAGAGGUCAGGUCAGGAGUUCACCAUCACCAACACAGUGCGCGUGAGUGACCCGGAGAUAGACCUGAGGGAGUUGGUGAGUUCAGAGGCGCGUAUCCUUUUUCUGUACUCCACUCGCCAGGAGGCCGCCGCCAUCAUGAGCAGCGCGCAGAGACUAGGCCUGAAUGGCACCAACUACCUGUGGAUCGUGACCCAGAGUGUGAUCCAGAGCAACGCUGACGCACCGGGAGAGUUUCCUGUCGGGAUGUUAGGUGUGCAUUUCAAGACAACGGAGGAGGCACUUAUAGAGGAGAUCAAGAACGCAAUGCUGGUGUUCGGGUGGGGACUGCAUGGCCACGUAAAAGAUGAAAUGAGUAGAAAUGUGGUGCCCAGUCUCGCCCCCGCCCUCUCUUGUGACACCGGGGAUGCUAGAUGGAGAGGAGGUGAUAAAUUCUACAGGUUUCUCAAGAACGUGAGCCUGCAGGCAGACAACAAGCCGGCCACGCCCAAGCUGGAGUUCAACAAUGACGGGACGAGACGCGCCGUUGCUCUCCGCAUCAUGAACCUGCGGCCAGAUGUCUCCAGGAAGCUUACUUGGGAAGAGAUCGGAGUGUGGCGGUCAGGCAAGGAGCAGGCAGGCUCACUGGAGGUCAAGGACAUAGUGUGGCCCGGAUACUCCCACGUUCCCCCCAAUGGCAUCCCAGAAAAGUUUCAUCUCAAGAUCACCUUCAUGGAGGAGCCGCCCUUCAUCAACAUGGAUCCGCCAAACCCAGAGACAGGAAUGUGCACCGCUAACAAGGGCGUCCAUUGCAGGAUUGCCUCAGACGAGAUGAUGCAAGAAGUCAACGUGAGCUGGGCAAUGCGAAACUCAAGCUACUUUCGCUGCUGUUCCGGAUUUUGCAUCGACUUGCUGGUAAAGUUCUCUCAGGAUCUUGGCUUCUCCUACGACUUCUUCAGGGUAGAGGACGGCUUCUGGGGCGCUAUUGUGAACGGGAAGUGGACGGGUUUGCCAGGAGCCAUCAUCAACGGGAAGGCGGAUAUGAUUAUGACGUCUAUCAAGAUCAACUCAGAGAGGGAGGAGGUGCUGGACUUCACGGUGCCCUUCCUCGACACUGGCAUCGCAAUCGUGGUGGCCAAGCGGACUGGUAUUAUCUCCCCGACGGCUUUCUUGGAGCCUUUCGACACCGCCUCGUGGAUGUUGGUGGCGCUGGUGGCGAUACAAGUGGCCGCGGUGUCAAUCUUCCUCUUUGAGUGGCUCAGUCCUUCAGGAUACAACAUGAAGCUCCAGCCAACAGCCAGCCACCGCUUCUCUCUGUGCCGCACUCUCUGGAUGGUGUGGGCUAUUCUGUUCCAGGCUGCCGUCAAUGUGGACUGUCCCCGCGGCUACACGGCCAGGUUCAUGGGUAACGUGUGGGCGAUGUUUGCUCUGAUCUUCCUGGCUAUCUACACCGCCAACCUCGCUGCCUUCAUGAUCACCCGCGAGGAGUUUUAUGACCUGUCUGGUAUUGAGGACAAGAGGCUGCAGAACCCAACCUCCAUGAAGCCUCCCUUUAAGUUCGCCACUACCCUGCACGGCAACACAGACGUGCUCAUGAAGAAAUCUUUCCCUGUGAUGCACGCCUACAUGCGCCAGUUCAACCAAACCAGCCCGGUGGAGGGAGUGCGGGCCGUCAAGAAGGGGAACCUGGACGCCUUCCUGUACGACGCCACGGUCAUGGAGUACCUGGUGGGGCAGGAUGACGAGUGCCGCCUCCUCACCGUGGGUUCCUGGUACGCCCUCACUGGCUAUGGCGUCGCCUUUGCCAGGAAGUCCAAGUACCUCGAGAUGUUCAACGAGCUCAUCAUGAAGUACAGAGAAAACGGGGAUCUAGAGAGGAUAGCACGGUUCUGGUUCACCGGAGCCUGCAGACCGAACAAGCAACAGAAGUCAUCGAGCAAACCAUUAGCGCUGGAGCAGUUCAUGUCUACCUUCCUCUUACUCGGGUGUGGCAUUCUACUAGCGCUCCUCCUGCUUGGGUUCGAACACAUCUACUUCAAGUACUUCCGUCAGUACGUGGCCAAAUCCGAGAAGGGAAGCUGCUGUUCUCUUCUCAGUAUGAGCAUGGGCAAGUCUCUGAGCCUGCGGGGGGCGGUGCAAGAGGCGCAGGACGUACUGAGGACCCACCGCUGCCAGGAUCCGCUGUGCGACACCCACCUGUGGCGCGUGAAGCACGAGCUGGACAUGGCACGCCUGCGCAUCCACCACUUAGAGCGCCAGAUGGUCACUCACGGACUCAGACCAGCCGCCAAGGAAGGUUCCACCCCAGCGACGCCUGACCCAAGCAAACCGAGGGAGGAGACGCGGAACCACGUGAUUGCCAACGAACCAAUCAGGGGUCCGCUCCUCGCCGCCAGGACCCCAACAAUCUGCGAGGCGCCUCCAUCGUGUUUGUGUGGCGAGGAUGAUUUGCAGUCUUCUUACUCUUUCCUCGAAUGGCAGCACGAGACUUCGGAGACGAGAAGUGGCGGAGUUGGAAACCGUUCUUUGAGGUCCACACAAGACCUGGUGGCCUGGCCGACUACCACCCCGAAGGUUAAGUACUACAGGCUCAAGGUCUGAGUCACGCACUGCACGAGAGGUGAUCCCUGGUCCAAGAGCGCCAAGGAAUGCUUAUGACUAAUCUGCGUUGACUACCAAAGGAGAGAUCAACGUUGCUCAAUGAUUACGUGUUGGUGUUGAGGUUGCACGCUGCCCAAAAGACCAUCUAGAUAGUUUUUAAGGGAAAUGAUUUGUACAGAUAGAUAGCUUGUCGACUUCCUCAAACUUCCUACUGCUUUUUUUCCCAGACGUAAAGCAUCAGUCAGCCCUCAAGGUAUCAAAAGUGAGUCAGGUACAGGUCGAGUCAGUCUACACUCUGUUAGUUCCUCCAGCUGGGUCUCUCAACUGAGGAUCUUAGAAACUGAAAAUAAAUAAGAGAUGACAUUGAGAAAAAAGAAAGCGAGUAAAUAUAUAGUAGGAUUGGAAGAAUAAAGAUGAUGAAACAAAUAAUGUGGUAUAAAAGACUGCUAAGAAUGAGGGAAAGAAUCUUGUUUUAGAGUAAAAAUGCAAGGGUAGGUAGAAAAUUGAAAAGGAAACAUGAGAGGAGGGGAGAUGAAGAAUGGAGAGAGAAAAACAAUGAUAGAAAGAUUUUAAAAGAUUAACGAGUAACAAAAGAAGACAACAAGUAGAAUAUAAAGUUAUCACGAACCUUAACUUGAGGGGAAUAAAAAAUAAAACAGUGUCCCUAAGUAAAACAAAACCUAGACAAAGUACAGUAAACAAAACUGAUACGAAUAAAACCAAAACAGAACAAAACAUAUAAAAAAGAAACAUCUGAAAUCUACCAUGAACUUUACACUUGAGAGAAUGAAAACAAUGAGACAAAAACUGAAAAACACGUUAACUUUACACAAAAUUAAGAAAAAAAAAACCCUGAAAACUUAAUAAAAAAACGAAAGAUAAUUGGUCAAAAUAAAUAAUACGAACCAAAAUCAAAAGGGAACAAGAAGUACCAGACCACCACCUGACCCACACACGCAAACAUGGUGCUACUCGUGACGUGUUCAUGACCGGACUUGGCUGCUAACCUAAUGACCUGACCUGACCUCACCUGGCCUGUGUCACCUCACCUGCGAAUGUGUACAGGUGCUUGAAGGAGGUGCUGACGUGUGUGUGUGUGUGUGUGUGUGUGUGUGUGUGUGUGUGUGUGUGUGUGUGUGUGUGUGUGUGUGUGUGUGUGUGUGUACGUCAGAAGGCAGGAGUGGCAGGCCGUCAGGUUAAUUUAGGAUAUAUUCAUACAUUCGUACACAUACAUCAAAGUUUCCUAAGAACUUUGUUACGUGCUCCCUGAAUGAAGAUGUAGUGACAAAUAUUUUAAUAUUCUCAUUCAUAUAUGUGUAUGUACGUGCGUACGUAGUGUGUUACCAUAAAAUUAUGUACAAAAAUGUGAAUGUUUACGUGUGUGUGUGUGUGUGUGUGUGUGUGUGUGUGUGUGUGUGUGUGUGUGUGUGUGUGUGUGUGUGUGUGUGUGUGUGUGUGUGUGUGAUGUGUGAUAGCGUGUACAUACCAUUUUCCCAGAGGCAUUAUUACGGACACAUGAGAAACAGGCGAAGAAAUCUAUAGGCUGCUUCUAUACAUCUAAUAACAAAUAACGUCUCAUCUCCAUCCCACUCCUUCCAUCCCCUUCCCUUCCCUCUUUCCCUUCCCUUGCGCUGGUGAACCAACUACCCUCAACUCUCCAGCCCACCCCACCCCUGUCACAGCCGGAGACAAGGAGCAGCAAUAGCACCAGGAGGAGGAGAAGGAGGAGGAGGGCGGUGCACAAAACGAGACAGCCCUUUCCCUACUGUGUCUUCGCCCUGGACGGCUGGCUGUCACCACACGGCCUUCCUUGAGAGUCUUCUGAGUCUACUAUGAGUCUUAGGCCUGUAUUCUUAAACGCUUUGCUCUCUUUCCAUCACUACUUUCCAAGGGCUCUAGUUGGAGAUGUUCAUGUUUUUAAGGGUAUUCUUAUGGUUUCGGUGAUGGACUGACAAAAUUUAUAGAUUGUUAUAAGGAGAAACUAUCUUGAAAACCUGGCUGGUCGUCUCUAUGGCCUUGGAAAACUACCGUGGUGAGAGAGCAUGGCUUUUCUGAAUACGGGCGUAAGUCUUCUAUGACGCCGCACUCAUUUCGAUGUGACGUGUGAUUGUGGAUUUUUGAAGCGGUUUCUGUGGCGUCACGCUGAUGUCACGGGUAUCGCAGCCCAGUGUUUGUGAAGUCUGGAAAUUGUUGCGAUUGUGUGGCUGUGUGCACUCCCUCGUUCUGCCCAGUAAGCGCCCCGCCAUAGGACUUCCCUGGUUGAUAAGGCCCGUAUUCUGAAACACUUCCGCGCCGCACCUUCACUAUUUUGAAAGGGCUCUAGUUGAAGUGAUACGGGUUUUUAAGAAGGUUUUUGUAAUUCUAGUGACGUGUUAACAAGUUUUCUGCAUUAUCAACAGGACAAAUAUUCCGUAAAACUCGGCUAAUCGUCUCUGUAGUCUUUAAAAAUGGUCGCGGUAAGAGAGGGAAACGUUUCUGAAUAUGGCGCUGAGUACGAGUGUGUUUAUUAUUGUGUGCCUGGCGGAUGAGGGGCGAGGUGGAGCGAGGCAGAAAAUCAAAAGAGUAUAUUCAUAUUUUUCUCCCAUUCCUUUUUGGUGAAUUCGUUACUUAUUCAAGUCGGUGUUUGUUGGGAUUUGUUGGUGUGUUCGUUAUUCCUUUUUUAUUCACGGACGGAUUGAAAGGUUUGGGUUGGAAGGUAGGAACAUAAGAGCCAAUGUAAAAACCUGUCUGUCAAUGUCUUUCACGCUGCACAUACGUCCCGCGUCCACCGCUCAGCUGGCAACAAACAACGUGUAAUGCUACAUCAACACAAUUUCCUGACUCCACUUUGCUAGCGCUCCUUGUCGCUAGAAGUAUUUUAUUAAGCCUCUUAUUAGAAAAAAAAAGACUCUUAUCACUUCAUUAUUAUUUCAUGCUCAAUACUCGGAGGAUUUCCAAAGGACAAAACAUAAUACGAAACACCCUACGCUUCCAAUACUCCAUCGCAACGACUCUCUCUCCGACCAGUGGUGUUUUAAAGCGAAUGGCACGAAAUAAAAGACACAACACGGAGAAAGAUACAAACCAUCCCUCACUCAACAAAGCGACGCUCCACUCGCAGCAACCUUUCUUCGGCAGCAGUUUACGCCGAAUUGCACCAAAUUACUUUCUUCCCGAAACUUUCCUCGACCAGAAGUAUUUUAAAGCAAACAGUGGAAUAAAAAGCAUGAAUUACGAGAUAUACACAAGCUGACCCUCUACAAAGCGACGCUCCACUCAAAAACACCUUCCUUCGGCAACAGUUUACGUGGAAUUACGGCAAAUCACCUUAGAAACAUACCGAGGCUUAAGAUCUGUGAGGAGGAGAGUAAUCUCAAACAUCGUGGGAAGGGAAAGGUGGUCGUGGCGAAGCGCUGACGGAUCUCGGAAAGCUUUUAAACCCAUGAAAGAGGAAGGAAAGAGAGACGGGCCUUGCCGGAGACGAAUUAGCAGAUCAAUGGUCAACGUGGAAGAGAGACGCGAGGGAAGGGAAGAAAGGAGGGAAGGAAUAAAGGAAGGAAGGGCGAGCAGCAGUGAAGUUAAUGAGCAAAGGAGCAAAGGUGAGAGGGAGCGAGGACAUUACCACUACCUCAGCUUGGAAAAGAGGGUUCCGUUUUUUAUUCAAUGACUCGGUGACUGUGACUCCCUUUGAUUACUGAAGGGGGAACUCGUGUAUAGCCAGCACGUCAUUGGUAAAGUGUUUUGUACCCUUGCUGCCGCUAUACACACCGCUGGACAGACGAAAAUCAAUGCUAAUCUUUAAAUUUAGGCUAGUUUGAGAUAUAUACAAUUGAGAGACAGAAAUAAGAGCAGGGUUUCUGGUGUCACUUUCUUGCAUUUAGGAGCAAAACAAAACUAGAAUGCUUAUUAAGAUGUUGAUAUAUCUAAAAUGAUUAUAAUGGAAGUAAAACACCUUCGUCUAUUAGUAACACGAGAAGAAAUUGUGUGUAGAGAGUCAGAUACAGAAUGAUGCAACCUUCAACCUGGAAACCCUCGUCCAUACACUCUAACAGUUAUUUGGAAGCUCAAUAACGCUGCAUUUUAAGGAGAUAGCGUGAGAGAGGCAAGGCGGAAGGAAGGGAUGGCGGCGGCAGUGGUGGUGAGGCGAGGCAGGAUGUAGGAAGGAAUAGAAGUGAGAGGAAGGGAAGGAAAUGUGCAGAGCUUGAGUGAGGGAACAGGAAAGGAUGGUGAGAGGGAGAAAUGGAGGAAGGAGGCAAUAAAGUGGUGAAGCAGCGAGAGAUAGUGGCGAGAGGUAGGGAAAGAGAAAGGAGUAGAAGUGCAGGAAGCAAGUAGUGAAAAGGGAAAAUAUAGGAACGAAAGAGAGUGGUAGAGAGAGUUAAGGAGAGGGAGAGGGAAGAAAGAGUACAGGAGGUGAAUGGGGAAGCUGCAAGGGAUAGCGUAGUAGUGCUGUCAUCAUAUUUUAGUCUGACAACACCUUUACGCCCUGCCUGUGUCUUUUACUCCUGAACGAGAUGUAGGUAGGGGCAAGAGGAGGCUGGUGGACGGCGGGUGAGGUGAGGUGAGGUGAGGUGAGCUGAGGGCGCCGCGUUGGAAGUGUAAAUCACAAACCAAACGAGGGAGAGGGAGAGGGCGCGAGAGGAAGGGAAAAAGUGUGAAUAAAAAUGCAACAGUGAGCUCUCUGGUUGCCCCGUGACGCUUUUCUUUCACUUCAUCGGCCAGGGAGUAGUUUCGCCGGUUUGCAGAUGAAGCGAAACGAG